AUAUGGCAGUUUUAUUGAGAAAUUGAGAAUAAACAGACAUUGACAAAAUGGCAGUGUCAACUGCUAAAUCUAAUGACCAUGAGGAAAAACUGGGAAAAGAAUUGAAAUCCACUGUAGAUAGUUGGAAAUGGAAAUUCAAUUUACCACAAAAACCUAAUUAUAAUAAUGUGUAUUACUAUAAAAAGUCGAAAAAAAUAUUCAAUGCACCUUGUUAUGACUUGGAUAUGGAUAAACUUCCAGAUUCAUAUAAGGGGGAAUUUUUGCAAGCCAAAAAUAUUUUACAUCAAACAGAUUAUAGACUCAAAAAAGCACAAGAGGACGCUAGAAAUAAGAAGCAAGAUUUGGCAUUACAAUGGAAAGACCUAGAGGAUAAGGAAUUAUUAUUGCGCAGUAAUUUCAUACAGUUCAGCAAGUUUUUAUCCAAAAACGCGAACAAAAGGAAUAGAGCUGAACAAAAAUUCAAAGAAAUGAAAACUAUGAAAGUCGAUUGUACAGAAAAAAUAAGUCAAAUGAAGAUUGAAUCCGAGAAAAUUGCAGAACUCGUUGAAAACCUGAAGAGAAAAGUAGCUAUACAUAAUAUUUAUGAGGAUUAUCUUAACAGUGUCAUUAUAACUGGAGGAUUCAGGACUAUAGCUCAUGUAUUAAAUAGGUACAUUUUGUUGGAUGAAACAAAGCAAACUGUUGGAAUGCACAUGGAGGAAACGAGUGAAGAAUAUCAUUCCAGACAGACGUUGUACAUCAGAUUGCUGGAAAACUGGAAUAUAAUUUACCUGAGUCUUUCAAACGAACUUUCGGAGAUGCGGAGGAAGUAUGAUAAUGCAAAAAAUAAGACCAACACUUGGGAGAUCGUGAUCAACGACAUCUGCAACAAGUACGACUCUGUGGCUCGAAACAUAAGCUGGUCCAGGAUGGCACUGAGACACUUAUUCGACAUGGCUUUCUUUCGUGUGCGCAGACGCAGAGGAAGGCUAGUGAAGAAGAAGAGGGACGAUCUAGGGAAAAUGCUUCGAAUUAACGAGACCCUUAAGGCUUUGGAGGGGAUAGGGUGGCAGAUGCGUAAGCUGUACGGCCAGAAGCAGGUUGACACAUCGGUCGACCAAGUGCCUCAGGCUUAUCAGGCGAAAGAACGAAGAGCGUCUGUGAAACCCACUACAUCUGGGAUGGACAAUUUGAUGGGCAAGUGGAAAGCCAAAAGAAAAACUGUUCAAAUUGGGGAAAAGGAGCCCUUAUACGAGUCUGACGAUCUUGCGGGUUUUCUGAAAUUUGCAGCAGAGGGACCAAAAUCAGAUGAUGUUUGUCCCAUACGACUAGGACCGGAAAAAUGGAGGUUAGCGAAAGUCAGCAACUUCGAAGAACGUUACAAGACAGCUCUGCAAGCCAUACGAGAGGAGAAGAUCUGGGAAAAUAUAAAAUGGUUGGCUAACGAUGGCAUGAACCGUCAGAGCAGUACCUCUUUUCCCAACCCUAAAACCCACAAGUCGAAAUGGGCGGCCGCUGCGGUGGCCCAGAAAAUCGUCAAGGACGUUAGCUCCGACACCCAUCUUCCCACCCCUAUCACCAAUAUGGGGGCAAUUAUGACGCCCUCGUCGGACAGCGCCUUUAUGGUAUUGGAAGACCGAUACGACUCCGACCUCUUCGAUGAUGCCAACAAGGACCCGGCCACUAGAAGAUCGCAGCUCAAGAGGCUCAUCGAAAGGAAGUUCACUUUAUUGGUGGAUUCCAAAGAGCCCUGCGUUAAAGAGAGGGAGAAAUCGGCAUCAAUAUUGCCUACCAUUUCCACCUCUCAAUCGAAGGAGAAAUUGGUUCCACAAAGAAGAAAACAAAAGCACGUGAAGGCUGAUCUAGAAAAGUUGCCACCUAUAAAGCGCAAAGUUGACAGACCCAUACCAGGACAUUUUCAAAAGAAUUGAACACAAAUAUUAUUGCUUAGGAAUUAUAACUAUACAUGAUAUAUUUAUAUGUAAGUUCUCAAACAAUUUGUUUUUAAGUGUAAUUACUUCUUAUCAAUUAAUGAGUGCUUUAAUUGUAAUGAAAAAUUGUUAUUCCUAUAAAACUAGAAUUAUAUAUACAUUUUGUCAAA